AUGCUCGCCUUCUGUACCUUUCUGAAGGCUGCUGCACUACCCACCACGAGGCAGCAAGAGUCGGCUGUGCCACCGAGAGCCUCGCCGGCCGCACUGCAAGAGUUUGCGGGCCCGGCGGCGGCGGCGGCGGCGGCGGCGGCGGCGGCGGCGGCGGCGGCGGAUGUUGCGCCGCUGGACUCGACCGUUCGAGAGGCCGAUGUGCCCCCGGCUGCCCCUCUGGCCCCAGAGACACAGGAAGAGCCCGUGGCUGCGCCAGUUGAAGCCCCGUCCUGCGCUAGGGGAAACCCCGCGGUCUGGACGGGGGCACAAUCAGCUGCAGAUACCACCGAGAUGGACGCCAUCGAACUGCCGGACGCCAAUCUUGCUGAGGCGAUUGCCGAGGCAGAGCGUCGCGACAUCGACCCUGACGAUGCCCGCGCGCCCAGAAAGCGCCGGGCUGUGACGCACGACGAUUCCGACGACUCCUCCCUGACCUCUGACAGCGCGCGGCCGCGGAAGAAGGCGUCUAGGGCCUCCCGCGCCUCCACCACAGAGGCUGUGAAGACGGUCGCGGGCUCCUCCCGGAGCCGAGACCGACAACGAAGACGCAGCGACCCCCUCUCUCGCCUGCUGUCUCCCGAGCAGACGACCAUGGAUACAGAAGAAUGGCCUAGCGUGGAUGCAGGGCUGGCCAGCGGGACAGCGACACGACCUUCCGAUGGCGAUGCUCCAGAAACAGCGGGGCAGUCCGAUCGACGGCAACAACCUACUGAGGAGGCUACGGCUCCUACAACGCACGACAACGAUGAAACGCUGGGGUGCUGGUCACAAUACCCACCCCCGCGGGGAACAGAUGAUGCUGGAGGAACUGCUCCCAACACUCUCCCGGUGUAA